AGCUUAUACACUACGAAUACUGAUCAUUUCAAUCCUCCGUACCAAGAUUCCUUUUAUAUGUUCUCGCCUGUGUCGCCAAUCUCACCGAUCUCAGAACCCUCCCUGAACUCAAGCAAUGCUUGCGCAUUUGGAUCAUACUCCCAAUGGAAGCCACUGACGUCCAAUGAAGACGUCCCAACCCCGUAUGCGACGCGAUCGUCUGUAUGGGAGAGAACUCGAUCAACGGAUAUUAUCUCAGCCUCACAAUGCAGCGCUUUGACUCCACCACUCCCAUGUGACUAUUGUGAUAAGGUUUUCACUGGAUAUUACCAAAGAGGAAAUCUGUCUAGACAUAUCAAUACAAACCAUCCAGACGUUUCCGGGUUAUCCACUAAGCUCAAGUGCAGAGUAUGCCCACGAGAAUACAUGAGAGCAGACGCCCGAAAAAAGCAUGAGUGGAUGAUGCAUCAGUAUUCAGAUGCGAAGCCUCAGAAGAGAAUCAAGAAGAGAACCUAUACGCCUACGCUACCCACUUCACCGCUUCGAUCCAAUACAGAAGUCAAGCCUUCGUCGUCCACUCAGCCACUGCCCAGGACCAGCCUCUACCCUCACUCGUAUCCAAGCCCGCCUGAAAAUUCUUAUUUCGGGGAUGUGUGCGGCGUCUUGGCCAUCAACCCGGAUUACAAAUUCGGCCUGAAACGGGAGAAGUCUCCCAGUACUCCAAUCCAUUGCGGUUUCUGUGACAAGAAAUUCUCUGGAAGACUUCAAAGAGAAAAUCGGAAAUUACAUAUCAAGUUCAAACACUCGGGAGACGUUGAAAAAUUGAAGAAUUCAGCUGUUGGAUGGUUUUGCGUGCAUGCCUGUGGAACUUGCGGUGCAGCUUACAAUCAAGUGGAUGCUCUCAGAAGACAUGAAAUGAGGCAACACCCAGUGGCCAACGCGGACCAGAAACCGAGCAGAAGAGAACUGAUAAAUCUACACGCUCGUAACGAUCAUGUUGUUGGGCAUCCGGACUUACCCCUAGUUUCACGUAUUCAAGACGUUACUGAUGUUACUGAUGAUAGGGAAGAUGAGGAGGUCGAAGAAGUGAAACGUGGGAGUAGCAUCUCUGCUGAGUCUUUUGUUAGCGGUAUCUACGACACUAGUACGAACGGAGUCAGCGCUGGUAUAGCCCGGGAGCUAACAACGCCUUCCCCCAGAGAACGGCUGACUAAUCAAGAGCUGACAUUCGAAUGCCCACAAGAUGUCAUAGGAGCUGCUGAGGAUCAGGUUAAACGAUCAAUUUCUUUGCCCUCCACAGCAAAGCCCUUAGAGAGAGAUGUCGACCGCUUUUCAGAUCUAAUCCAACGCUCAAUAUCCACGCCGUAUACAUCUGCCGUACCUGUUCUCGCUGAGAACCCAUUCAUGAAUACAGUUCUUCAACAUAAUCAAGUGUCACUCUUCUAUGCUUCUAGAGGACGGCCCAUCAUAUGGGAUCCAGACAGCGGCGAUAUUUGCCAGAGAACAAAUAGUUGGAAUAUACGGCACGGUCUAACAGUUGGGGUACAUAGCACCACUUGUCAUGCCUCCCCUAACCACCCUGGUAUCCCCACGCGUUCACUCACUGUAACCAUAAAACCUCCAAUGCCUGGAAAUGUCCCGUUCCCUGGUUUAAUCAGAUCAACUUCCCUCAAAAACCCCUCUUUCCUGGAAUCGGUCCGCCAACUUCAGCAGAUGCGCUACUCCUUGCGUUGGAACGAGCAGCAGCCCCACUAUUUCCGUGGGGACGGAGGAACCUUGACGGACAUCGGAGGCGGGCGCACGGCUAUGGGUCGCGGACGAAGGCUAGGAGAGGAGGGAGUCGGAAGUGGAAGAGAUGUGAGGCUUUAUAUACUCAACAACGCAGGUGUCUUCUACCAAAAUCCCAAUCUCGAAACAAGUCAAAACAUAACCAUAACCAACAUUAACUAA